GAUUCCACCCCAAUGUUAAGAAAUGGAGAGACAGGGGAUUGGAUUGGAACCUUUCAAGGGCAUAAAGGUGCAGUAUGGAGUUGUUGCCUGGAUAAACAUGCUCUGCGUGCUGCCUCUGCUUCAGCUGAUUUUUCAGCGAAAUUAUGGGAUGCUUUAACUGGGGAUGAACUGCAUUCUUUCGAACACAAGCACAUAGUUCGUGCGUGUGCCUUCUCAGAGGUGCUCACUUUAAAUGUUUGGAUGAGUUUUGCUUGGUGUCUCAUCAAGUUUUAUGAAGACUUUAUCAUGCAGAUUUUUUUUACCUGGUUGGGGUUCUUUGCGAUGAGCUCAUAUUGUUGAAUUAAGUUCUAUUUG